AUGAAGGAUGUGGUUCUUGUUAUGACAGCAAUAACUUUCAUUUCUGCAAUGAAUCAAAAUAUAUCUGAGAUUACAUGUGUAUUUAUCAGCCAGAAGGAUGAAGGUUCAAGAACACCAGAGUCAUCAGUAUCUUCUAAGAUUUCUAAUAUUUUGGAAGAUCUCGGGUGCUAUUUAAAUUCUCAAGGAACAGAGAACAUCUAUGAACCAACUAAAAACGUGGAAGUCAAUGUGUUUGAAGAUAUUGAAUUAAGAGUGAUAAUGAACAUUUCAGAGAUCAUUUCAUGCAUUUGGUUCUUUAAAGAGAGCCAAACUUGUAAACCUUCAUUGGACUCGGAGAACCGAUAUGUUACUUCUUUGGCUUUUUCCCAAAUAAGAGAAACACAGGCUGGAAAAUACACUCUCUCGGUCAUAAGUAAAAACAGCAAUUACACCAUAAUUGUUCCUGUUUUCAUCCGCAAUAAACCAGGCAAACCUUAUUUCAGGAGGAGUGGAAAACUGGAUGCUAUACAGUGCAUAUCGGAGAGCUACCCCCAGCCAUCUGUGCAGUGGACGUUUUGCAAAACACCCGACUGGAGUUGCCUUAAUAAAAUGCGUGAAGAAAAUGGAGGAAAAGAUGGCAUACAGAAGGUACAACAUGAAUUACGUCAGGGUGGACUAUUCCAAACUUACAUAUGGUGCUGUGCAGCUAACGACCUGGGCAGAGAAUGCACCAGCCUGUUUACUAUAGAUUUAAACGAAAGACAAGCAGCACCUCUACCUGAAUUACUCCUCAAAGUCGGGGAACCAUUGCUGAUCAGAUGCAGAGCUGUUUAUCGUAACUAUAAAUUCAGAAUAAAUUUAUCUUCUGAAAACAAAGAAUUGCAGCAGGAUCGUAGGUUUGAUGGGUUAGAGUAUCUGACAGACCACUCGGCCAUCCGGAUCCAGUACAUGUUUGCUUCAGCAGCAGAACGAGGCGACAGCGGACGUUAUACCUGCUCCUCUACAGUGCAUCCGAAUCAAACUGCUCUGGUUACAGUUUUAGAAAAGGGAUUUAUAAACAUAACUGACUCUAGAGAAGAUUUUGAAAUUGGUGAAGAAGAGUUUUGCUUCGAAGUUAACUUUAGAGCAUAUCCACCAGUUAGAUGCAUGUGGCUGUUUUCCCAAAAAAUGUUUCCGUGUAAGCAAAGUUACAGUGCAGAUGGACGCAGCAUUUCAUCAAAGUUCUGCAACCAUCAGCACCAGUCUGGGAUAUAUAUAUUUUAUGCUGAAAAUGAUGAUACAGUCAUGACAAAAAGAUUCACUUUGUACGUGAGAAGAAAGCCUGAAGUAACAAUGCAGUUAUUGUUCAAGCAGAUCUCGUGCAUCGCUGAGAGCUACCCAGCCUCAUCCUGGAUUUGGAGAAACUGUCCUGAUCUGAACUCAUCCAACUGCACAGAAGAAAUCACUGAGGGGAUCCAGAACUUCUUGCCAGAGAGGAGAUCCCUCGGGUCAUGGAUUUCAAGCAGUAUUUUAGAUGUGAAGGAGACAGCAACAACCUUCUCUGUUGAGUGCUGCGCAAACAAUCCAGUAGGCUCAGCCUGUGAAAAGAGCUUCAUUAACCUGUCAGUUGCAGGAGCAGUUUCUUCGCCCCCGGACAACACUGCAUUCUAUGUCUUUGCUGGAUUUAUCCUCCUAUUGAUCUUUUUUUUGUCUCUACUCAUCUGUCAUAAAUACAAAAAGCAAUUUAGAUAUGAAAGCCAGUUGCAAAUGAUACAGAUGAUUGGAUCAUUGGAUAACGAGUAUACCUACAUUGACUUCCGUGAAUUCGAGUACGAUCUCAAAUGGGAAUUUCCCAGGGAAAAUUUGGAAUUUGGACAGGUCCUUGGUUCCGGGGCUUUUGGGAAAGUGGUGAAUGCAACAGCUUAUGGAAUUAGCAAGGCAGGAGACUCAGUCCAGGUUGCAGUCAAAAUGCUAAAAGAAAAGUCUGACACGUCAGAAAAAGAUGCUCUAAUGUCUGAGCUGAAAAUGAUGACUCACAUUGGAAGCCAUGAAAAUAUCGUGAACCUACUAGGAGCUUGUACUGUGUCAGGACCAAUCUACUUGAUAUUUGAGUAUUGUUGCUAUGGUGACCUUCUGAACUACUUAAGGAGCAAAAGAGAAAAAUUUUACUGGACACUGACAGAUAUAUUUAAACAACACAACUUCAGCUUUUACCACAACUUCCAUUUGGACCAAAAUUCCAGGAUGAGAACCCACCUGAAGUAUGGUGUGAACAUGAGUCUGUGCAGAGAGGACGAAUUUGAAAUCACACAAACAAGCCAAAACAUAAAUAUGACACCUGGACCAAAUGGGAUUGUGCUGUUUUCUGAGGAAGAUGAAAUUAAGCAUAUAAGCAGGCAGAUGGAUGAAGAAGAGGAUUUUAAUGUGCUCACUUUUGAAGACCUUCUUUGCUUUUCUUACCAAGUUGCCAAAGGAAUGGAGUUUCUGGAGUCCAAAUCGUGCAUUCACAGAGACCUCGCUGCCCGGAAUAUACUAGUGACCCGUGGAAAAGUAGUGAAAAUAUGUGACUUUGGCCUUGCCAGAGAUGUCGUGAAUGACUCCAACUACAUUGUCCGGGGCAACGCUCUCUUACCAGUUAAAUGGAUGGCUCCUGAAAGCUUAUUCGAGAGGACGUACACAAUCAAGAGUGACGUCUGGUCUUAUGGAAUAUUACUGUGGGAAAUAUUCUCUUUGGGUGUAAAUCCCUACCCUGGCAUUCAGGUUGAUGCCAACUUCUACAAAUUAAUCCAAAGUGGAUUUAAAAUGGACCGACCGUAUUAUGCUACAAAAGACAUCUACUGCGUGAUGCAGUCCUGUUGGGCACUGGACUCCAGAAGAAGACCUUCUUUUUCCAGGCUUGUUUCCUCUCUUUCCUGUCAGCUGGCUGAGGCAGACGGAGCAGUUUACCAGAACAUGAAAAGAAAUGUUUCUACGCACAAAUCCAAUGCCAAAACUAAGCCACAUGUAAGCAAGGAUGAGGAAUCUUUCCAGUCCUCAGCUCUGCUCCAGCAUGAAGACUCUCAAGUUAAAAAAUAA